AUGUCAUUGGUGGGGAAGCACAUUGAGAUCUGGGAUGUCCAAUCACAGAAAUUGGAUACCAGUGUGCACUUAAAAGGACCCACGGCAGAUUUCCAACGCAUAAGUAGUUCACGGCCACCCCAGUUACCGCCUGACCCCCGCGAGCCCCUUGCCUCCUCUUCCCACACCCACACAGUCUCCUCUGCUCGUAGUGUUGAGUCUGACGCUCUCCCUCCUGAAGCAACGCUGAAAGACCUCACAAAACAUAUCAUCAAGGAUGGAAACUACCCUGUUGCUCGUGGCGGGUUCGGGGAGAUCUGGAAAAGCACCUUGCACAUCGAUGAUAGCUCGGUCAAAGUCGCAGUGAAAGCAUUGCAGGUGUACGCUGAGGAUGAACUUAAGGCUGCGAAAAGGAAAAAGAUCAAGAGGAUAAAGCGUGAACUUAGGAUAUGUGCCAACCUCAAACAUGCAAAUAUUCUGCCCGUCUUUGGUUAUACACAUGGCUUCGGCCCAUUUCCGGCCAUAGUCAGUCCUUGGGCGGAGAAUGGUAACUUGACGGUCUAUUUGGAGCGUGAGGGUGAGACUCUGACUCUUGUUCAACGAUUCCAACUGCUAAGAGACAUCGUAGCUGGUCUGCAAUAUCUUCAUGCCAACAAUGUCAUCCAUGGCGAUUUCAAUGGGGCUUCCUGGACAUCCACCCUCAAAGGUAACAUGCGAUGGAUGGCUCCUGAGCUGCUUGUAGAGCGGGAGGAUGGUUCUCAAGCUCGGCCAACCAAGCAGAGCGACAUGUAUUCAUUCGGCGGCAUCAUGCUGCAGCCAAGUCGCAAACGCCUUCCCGAUCUCGCUACCCUGAACUCCCUGAACAAUACUGGUCAUUCAUCGAACAAUGUUGGUCUACUGAUCCUCGGGACCGUCCCUCGACACAGGGAGCUGAUACAACAAUCAGCUCACCUCAAGAUUGUCAUUGGAAUCAUUGUCGUUGACGAAAAAACUAUCCUGUUUGCGGCGACUGGAAUGAUUCAGCAUGCAUGCGGGCACUGGUCCUGA